AUGAAUGGGGAGCAGGUUUCCAGUCUUCCAUUUCAGAGAGUGGUUGCUGUUGCUGGAAACGUUUCUUCUGAGGAUUUGGGGAUAGUGGACCUCCAUUUGAAGGAAGAAAUCCUCAAGGAAACCGACUUGGUUCUUAAUUUUGCAGCCAUCACCAAAUUUGAUGAAAGGUACGAUGUGGCACUUGGGACGAAUACUUUUGGAGCUCUGCACGUGCUCAACUUCUCCAAGAAAUGUGCCAAAAUCAAGUUGCUUAUCCAAGUCCCAACUGCGUAUGUGUAUGGGGAAGAGCGGGGGAUUCUCAUGGAGAAGCCCCUGAUCCUGGGAAAAGCCGCUAGAUCAGGAAGAACCAACAUGGACAUAUUGAGUGGUGAAAUCGAGCUUGCCCAAAAACGACUGCACCAACUGCAUUCCCAAAAUCGCACCGACGAGGAAAUUGACACUGGAAUGAAAAAUCUCGGCCUCGAAAGGGCUGGUUACUAUGGGUGGCCUAACACCUACACAUUUACAAAAGCAAUGGCGGAGAUGGUCAUGGUGGAGUCCAAAGGAGACCUCCCUCUUGUCAUCAUAAGGCCAACAAUGGUGACGAGUACCCUUAAAGACCCAUUCCCUGGUUGGUUGGAAGGUGUUAGGACGCUUGACGGAUUUAUUGUGAGCUAUGCCAGAGGAAGACUGAAGUGCAUCGUCCAUAGACCAGAUGUCAUUCUUGAUUUGAUACCAGCUGACAUAGUUGUGGAUGCAACUAUUGGAAUAACUGCUAUGGCACUUGCAAAACAGCAUGUGGAUCUGGUUUACCAUUUGGGCUCUUCAUCGAAAAACCCAAUAAGACUGCCAGAGAUCCACAGGUUGAGCAAGGCUUUCUUUGCUAAAGAUCCAUGGAAAAAUCGCCAAGGAAAGCCCGUAAAAGCUGGUAAAGUCACCACGUUCAGUUCUCAAGAUCGUCAACCCGCGGGUUGA